UUUCACCUGUGUUCCUUCAGCGUUCCUACACGCCUGCAGAGCGCUGGCCGUCUGUGCUGUCAUCACUGGUUUUUUCGGAGGCGUCCUCACACUCAUUGGGAUGAAAUGCACUAAAAUAGGUGGAUCAGAGAUCGCCAAUGCCAGAGUGACCUUUGCAGGUGGAUUAACCUACCUAGCUUCAGGAUUCUGUGGGAUGAUCACCUACUCAUGGUGGGCCAACAAAGUCAUUACAGAGUUCCUGGAUCCAUCUUUCAGAGCACAGAAAUUUGAACUUGGAGCUGCAGUUUUCGUUGGCUGGGGAGGCUCCAUCCUCCUCCUCUCUGGAGGGACGGUGCUGACUUACUUCUCUGGAAAAGAAGGUCUACCAUCAAGUUCUUCAGAAAGACCUAGGAGACCGGCCACUUACGCCACCGCUCGGACCAGACGCACCUACAUGCUGCCGGCCUCGUCGUCCAGAGUGACUCUGGUGCCACCGCUGUUUUAUGAGGGCAGGAGGAGCCGAGCAACCAGAGCAACAACCAAGAGCAGCAGGACCUUUAACAGGGACAGCUUCGUCUGAGCUGCAGGGGAGCUGAGAGAGUGAUUUACAAAACCUACAAGGAACGUUUGGGUAAUAUACUUUGUUGCUGAGAAUGAGAUGAGAAGAUCAACACCACUGUGGUGUCUGUAUGUUCAAUAUGAAGCCAGAGCCAGCAAUCUGUUAGCUUAGGUUAGCUUAAAGACUGGAAUCCAAAUCUGUCUAGUUGAACCUCUAAAGCUGGA